AAUUCUGUCAUUUUGGUAAUUAAAAUUAGAGCUGUCUUCAAGCUGUUCUAUUUAAUAGCUGUAUGGCGGUGUGUUAAUACGUAUUAUUUUUAAGAUACACUUCCCAAUACUGAUAGGGAAUACGAAACUUCCCAAACCUGGUCACACUACCGCAGUAAUUGCGGUAAAUUUGCAAAGUGCGUGUGAAAAGUCGCGUCAUUGUGAACAAUAUAAAUAUUUAGUGAUAUUCAGAUAAUUCUGACAUAAUCUGAAUCAUGUUUUUCUCAACAACAUGUUGCAAUUGUCCGACCUGUCGUAUUUUGUUCAAUCAAGAGUAUUUUGCGCCAAACUGCGAAGUGGAAAAUGGAAUAACGGAAUUCUUACACCAAGGGAGGUGGAGCAAAGAUUACCUAAUGAAAUCAAUUGGAAUUGGAAAUUACUAUUAUUUUCUAGGUAAUAGAUGAAUAUUGAAUUUAAAUCAAAUAUGUAGAUGUAAGCAGUAUUGAAAAUGCAGUCGUUAAGUUGACUAAGGCAAGAAAUGACUAACUUCUUAUUAAUUAAUUAUUAAAGCGGCACGCGAUCUUUGCGUCAUUUGUGGCAUUUCUUUAAUAAUCUGACGCUGUGCGCUUUAAUAAUUGCAAAAAAAUUCCCACACUACGUCAUGAAUCGAGCAUGGAACCGGUAUUGCAUAGAGAACGCGACUUGCGCUUGGGAAACGCGUGCCAAGUUGCUACUUUACGCAUACUGUCGAUGGGGUAAUGCCUCGAUGAAUGAGGUGUUACUAAGUGAUCUGGUAUUGGAAUUGAUGGGAAAAAGUUCUACGCUUGCAGAAUAAUGUCAUAUAAAAAGCAAGCGAAGUGCGCUGAACUCAACAGAGUCUAUUAGACGCUUCACUUGUCAAGUACUGCGAUCUAUUACAGCUGAUGAAGAUGUGGUUCGAUAUACUUACUAUAGUGCUGCUCCUUAGCACCACUCAAGCUCAAAACGACGCAAAUCCAAACGUGAGCUAUGAAACUGAGAUGAAGGAAUUCAUGUCCUUGUUUCCCGAUCCCAAUGAGCCUAUCGAUAUCAAUUUUCGUAGCGCCUUCGAGGAGGAGGAGUCCGACGAUAUAGUGGCCACCUUGGAGGCGGAUGAGUACGAGGGCGCUGAGCGUUGCGAAUGGAAUAAGUGCGACAAUGAUUUGAGCGAACCAAGUGGCAUUCGCAGCUUUUUCGAUCUGGGAUUCAUCAAGAAGAUUGCCCACAAUUUGAAUCCGUUUGCCAACGCCAAUCAUCGCAUGCUCUUCUAUUUGUUUCGACGCUCUUCACCCGAAUGCGGUCGCCAGCUGGAUUUUAGCAACAAACGCCGUUGGCGACGUGCUGGCUUCAAUAGUUCGUUACCCACCAGGAUCAUCAUACAUGGCUGGAUGAGCCAGUCGCGUGGUUCCUUCAAUCGCGAUGUGAAGAAUGCAUAUUUGAAGCGAGGCGACUUCAAUGUUAUUGUCGUCGAUUGGAGCGCCAGUUCGGCCAACAUUAACUACUUCUCAGUGGUAAAGCUAAUCGAGGAGUUUGGUGCCCAACUGGUUCAAUUUACUCGUGAGCUGAAUCGUCGCUUUGGCGCCAGCUACGAUGACAUGUAUCUGAUUGGACAUUCGCUUGGUGCCCAGAUUGCCGGAGCAGCUGGCAAACGCCUGAAGCCGGAGCAGUAUAACACCAUUUUUGCCUUGGAUCCGGCGGGUCCCAAGUUUCGACAUCGCAGUGCCGAGUUUCGCAUCGAUCCCACCGAUGCCAAGUAUGUGGAGUCCAUGCACACCAGUGGUAACUUUGGUUUUCUGCGGCCCACAGGAGCGGCAACCUUCUAUCCCAACUAUGGUCUCUAUCAGAGCAAGUGUUUCUACUUGGGCUGCUCGCACAUUCGCGCCUAUCAAAUGUUUGCUGAGUCCAUCAAUUCACCCGAAGGUUUUUGGGGCACGCCUUGCACUCGGGACAAUGGCGAUUGGCAGUGCGAUCAGAGCCAACGACAGGCUUACCAAAUGGGCGGAGAGCCGUCCGUGCAGAAGGCGGGUAUCUACUACGUGAAGACCUCUUCCAGCGAUCCUUUUGCUCUGGGAAGACGCUAAGUCUGUCUGUGAUCCUCAGCUGGGAAUACAACGUCAGUAAUUUUUAUUUAUCUAUACUUUUCACAUUUAUUAUUAAAUCUAUUUUAAUUUGCAUAACUUAUUUUUUUUAUACUUUCAAGAUGUUUAUUAUAUUAAGCCUAAAACUGUGAUAAAUAUUUAAAAUCAACUUACUUACUUAAAAAUUA